AUGUCUCUCUUCUUAACAUUUCUCUACGUUUUCCUCUGUAACUCAGUUUCUCUCUCAUCAUCUCUCUCUCUCCACUUCCCUCUCACAUCUCUCCGUCUCACUCCAACCACAAACACCACUUCUUCUUUACAAACCUCCCUCCUCUCUCGCCGGAAUCCAUCUCCGUCGUCAACUCCGUACAGCUUUCGGUCAAAUUUCAAGUACUCAAUGGCUUUGAUUCUCUCUCUUCCUAUCGGAACACCUGUGCAGACUCAAGAGCUUGUUCUUGAUACGGGAAGCCAGCUCUCGUGGAUCCAGUGCCACCGCAAGAAGAAGAGACCACCAACGACGUCGUUUGAUCCGUCGCUGUCUUCGUCGUUCUCCGAUUUGCCUUGCUCUCAUCCUCUCUGCAAACCGCGAAUUCCCGAUUUUACCCUUCCCACGACAUGCGACUCGAACCGUCUCUGUCACUAUUCCUACUUCUACGCAGACGGAACCUUCGCCGAGGGCAAUCUCGUCAAAGAGAAAUUCACUUUCUCGAAUACCCAAAGUACCCCUCCUUUGAUUCUCGGCUGCGCUGAUGAAUCAACAGACGAUAAGGGUAUUUUGGGAAUGAAUCUUGGUCGUCGUUCUUUCGUCUCGCAAGCUAAAAUAUCGAAAUUCUCGUAUUGUAUCCCAACACGGUCGAACCGGCCCGGUUUUCUUCCGACCGGGUCCUUUUAUCUCGGGGAAAACCCGAAUUCUCGCGGAUUCAAAUACGUCUCUCUGUUGACUUUCCCGGAGAGUCAACGCAUGCCGAAUCUAGACCCUCUGGCUUACACAGUACCUUUGCUAGGGAUCAGAAUCGGACCAAAGAGAUUAAACAUCCCAGCUUCUGUUUUCAGACCCGAUGCAGGCGGGUCGGGUCAAACCAUGGUCGAUUCCGGUUCGGAAUUCACUCAUUUGGUCGACGUGGCGUAUGAAAAAGUGAAGGAAGAAGUGGUGAGGCUUGUGGGGUCAAGAUUGAAGAAAGAUUACGUGUACGGUGCAACAGCUGACAUGUGUUUCGACGGGAACAACCCGGUGGAGAUCGGACGGUUGAUAGGCGAUCUUGCGUUUGAAUUCGGGAGAGGCGUUGAGAUUCUAGUAGAGAAACAAAGGCUUUUGGUUAACGUAGGAAAUGGGGUCCACUGUGUUGGGAUCGGACGGUCAAGCAUGCUUGGUGCAGCGAGUAAUAUAAUCGGGAACGUUCAUCAGCAGAAUCUAUGGGUUGAGUUUGAUGUGACCAAUAGGAGAGUGGGUUUCAGUAAAGCCGAGUGCAGCAGAUUAUCAACGUGA